CUUCGAGCAGCUGAUGCAGCUGCUGGAUGAACAGUGCAGACUUCAGUCAACGGUGUCGGGUCAGUCACCACACCGUGGUUCAGAACCUAUUAGAAGAACAAGGCCGAGGAGUCCACGGCAGCGUCCAGUGGCCUCGACCAGAGCAGCUGCAUAUGGCACAUGCUUUGGCCACGUCAUCAUGGGACCAGUGGCUACUCAUCAGAACGAGUCAACUCAUCGAACUCCAGAAGGAAGCAGAUUACUUCCAACAGUGGUAAAAUACCUACAUCAG